UCCUCCUCCGGCUGCAUCCAUAUAUAUCCCCUGUGGCUGUCCGUCUGUUCCCUCUUGGACUAUAAUCAAUUGGGUUGAUUCCCCCACCCCGCGGUUUACACUCGGUUGGUUGGUUGGUUGGUUGCUCGGUCCCGCCGCUGGUCCUUCCGUCCGUCCGUCCGUCGCCUAGCGCGCGCAGGUUCCUCCUCGUCGCUACCUCCGGCCAGGCGCCGGCGCAGAGGUCGCUGUCCCGCUCCGCGGAUCAGCAACACCGGUCAGGUCAGGUCAGGUCUGACAAAGCCGGACUCUCUCUGUACGAAAUGACGAUAUGUAGCUGUGAAGAGACUAUCAAUGAGUUUGAGAUGUUAACACGCGAUGCUGGACGCGUGCAGCAAGAUACACUGAGAAAGAUCCUAGAGGCGAAUGCAGAUGCUGAAUACCUCACACGCUUUGGCCUUGACGGAAGGACUGAUGCCGAUAGCUACAAAUCUUGCAUCCCGCUGUGUGUUCACAGCGAUGUUGAGCCUUUCAUCCAGAGGGUUGCUGACGGUGAUAGCACACCUGUGCUCACUGGGAAGCCCAUCACCUCCCUGUCACUCAGUUCUGGUACAACGCAGGGAAAGCCUAAGUUCAUUCCAUUUAGUGACGAGUUGCUUGAGGACACACUUCAAAUAUUCCGUACUUCUUAUGCAUUUAGGAACCGUGAAUACCCUAUCGGCAAAGGAAAAGCCUUGCAGUUUGUUUAUGGCAGCAAGCAAGUCUUAACAAAAGGUGGCAUCCUUGCUACAACUGCAACAACAAACCUGUACCGUAGUCAGCGCUUCAAGGAAGGGAUGAAAGAUAUCCAGUCUCAGGGCUGUAGCCCUGACGAAGUAAUCUUUGGUCCUGACUUCCACCAGUCCUUAUAUUGUCACUUGCUGUGUGGGUUGAUAUACUCAGAUGAGGUCCAUUCCGUGUUCUCGACAUUCGCUCACAGCAUAGUGCAUGCAUUUCAUACGUUGGAGGAGGUUUGGGAGGACCUAUGUGCUGAUAUAAGGGAUGGUGUUCUUUCAAAAAAAGUCACAGCACCAUCAAUUCGCGAAGCUGUUUCAAAAAUUCUGAGGCCCAACCCGGAGCUCGCUGACUCGAUCUACAAAAAGUGUGUGGGAUUGAGCAACUGGUAUGGUGUCAUCCCAGCACUGUGGCCGAAGGCAAAGUACGUGUAUGGCAUCAUGACAGGGUCCAUGGAGCCAUACCUGAAGAAGUUAAGGCAUUAUGCUGGGAACUUGCCACUGAUAAGUGCUGACUAUGGUGCAUCUGAAGGAUGGAUUGGCUCUAACAUAGACCCCACAGUGCCACCUGAACAAGCCACAUAUGCAGUUUUGCCACAUACUGGUUAUUUUGAGUUCAUUCCUUUGGAGAAACCAACAGGGGAGGAGACGGAGAACAGCGCCAAUGUUCAUUACAUUGAAUCCGAGCCGGUUGGCUUAACUGAAGUCGAGGUCGGCAAAAUCUAUGAAGUUGUUCUAACUAACUUUGCAGGCCUAUAUCGUUACAGACUGGGAGACCUCGUGAAGAUAGCUAGCUUCCACAACUCAACACCAAAGCUCCAAUUUAUCUGCCGCAGAAGCCUAGUGCUGAGCAUCAACAUCGACAAGAACACCGAGAAAGACCUUCAGCUAGCCGUUGAGGAGGCAGCGAAGCUCCUGGAAGGGGAGAAGCUGGAAAUAGUGGAUUUCACAAGCUACGUGGAAAAGUCGACCGAUCCGAGCCGCUACGUGGUGUUCUGGGAGCUGAGCUCUGAAGCCAGUGAUGAGGUCCUAAGUGGCUGCGCAAACGCCUUGGAUCUAGCAUUUUUAGAUGCGGGCUACAUGGGCUCAAGGAAGAAUAAGACCAUUGGCCCCCUCGAGCUCCGGAUACUCAGGAAGGGAACCUUCAAAGAGAUCCUGGUUCACUUCCUGAGCCUCGGCGGCGCUGUGAGCCAGUUCAAGACGCCUCGGUUUGUGAACCCGUCCAACGGCAAACUGCUGCAGAUACUGAACCGGAAUGUCACCCAGAGUUACUUCAGUACUGCCUAUGGGCUAUGACAGAAGCGAUGAACUUCUGUCAUGUAAUUACCUUUCUUUCCGUUCUCUUUCUUUUCUGUUUUAGUCUCCUGAUAAAGUAACGUUUGUUUUAGUCUCUUGGAAUAAUGUUUUCUUUCUUAUGCUGGUGCUGGCUAGAAUUAUGUAAAUUGCCGGCUAGAGUUGUAGCAAAAGGUAUUAAAAGAAAGAAAUCUUCGUAUUUA